AUGGGAAGUAUGCCAGAUGGGAAAGUAGACAUUGCUACCAGCGGUAUGCUCGUUGAGACACGCGGAACCCCCAUGGUCAUGGCUUCCAUGCUCUCCCUCUCCUCCGCCACGGUAACCAAAACCCCACCUAUCCUCCGUAAUUCAUCACCGUUCAAGGGGAAUGCGAGAAAUCUCAGGGCCAACUCAUGUCCGUUUUCGUCUCUCAAAAUUCAUCUCAAGGGCACACAGAGUGGUCGGCCACUGGUCGUUGUCAGCCGAGCUUCGCUGGCUUCUGCUCCCGUUGCUGCCCUCGCUAAUGUUCGAUUUCGGCUCGACAACCUGGGCCCACAACCUGGGUCGAGAAAGAAAGCAAAGAGAAAGGGGAGGGGUAUAUCUGCAGGACAAGGAGGGAGCUGUGGAUUUGGGAUGAGAGGUCAGAAAUCGAGGUCCGGCCCUGGUGUUCGAAAGGGGUUCGAAGGUGGGCAGAUGCCGCUUUAUCGUCGAAUCCCGAAAUUGAGGGGAAUUGCUGGAGGGCUUUUAGAGUUGAAACUCAGUGGGAACAACGAGAAGGGACUUAUUUAUGGGUGCCUUCACAUUGCAUCCCAGAUGGCUAGAUUGGCCAAGCCAUGUGGUGGACAAAUGUUGAGGGACAAGGGAUAUGAACAAAGCAUGCAUGCUGGUCUACCAAAGUAUGUACCAGUGAACUUGAAAGAUAUAGAAGCUGCUGGAUUCCAAGAAGGUGAAGAGGUCUCACUGGAGUCACUGAAGAAUAAGGGUUUAAUAAAUCCAUCAGGAAGGGAAAGAACUCUGCCUUUAAAAAUUCUUGGUGAUGGAGAACUUAGCGUGAAGCUGAACUUCAAAGCCCGGGCCUUUUCAGCCUCAGCAAGGGAGAAGCUAGAGGCUGCAGGCUGUUCGUUGACAGUGCUACCUGGGCGAAAGAAGUGGGUCAAGCCAUCAGUUGCCAAGAACCUUGCUCGUGCGGAAGAAUACUUUGCCAAGAAAAGGGCCGCAGCUGACUCGGGUGACGGGUCUUCCUCUUGA